AAUUUUAAAGAUGAAAGAGAGCAACCUAAAUUAAGAUCAAACCAAGAAAGUGUAACUGAUAGUUGUCAGUUUAUUUCAGUUUAUGUUAUAUGCAACUUGCUCCUGGUCGGAAUUGGUAAGCCGUGGACAUGGUUAGAGAAAGUCUGAAUGGGUUCUAAUCACAGCGGGGAGCCUAAUCAUUAUUUUGACGUCGAUACGUCCUCCUAGUCGCUUCGUGGCGCUGUGUGAGAUCCUUGGUCUUACAUGUUGUAAACAUGGACGCAAAUCCAGUGUUAUUUCAAGGGGCUCCGCCGUCGCUGUCAGCUAAAUAUGAGGGAUCCUUUGCAUACUUAACUAUCAGAGACCGUCUACCUACCAUUCUGACUAAAGUCAUUGACACCAUCCAUCGCAACAAAAACAAGUUUUUUGAAGAAUAUGGCGAGGAGGGUGUUCAGGCGGAGAAGCGGGCGAUCUCGUUCCUCUCUAAGCUGCGUAACGAGCUGCAGACGGAUAAGCGUGUUCUGCCGCUGACGGACGGCCAGGAGGACGCGGAGACGUGGAACAGCUACCUGCAGUACCAGCAGAGCCACCAGGGGGAGCUCUCACCCGUCAGCUGGUUCUCCUCACCCUGGCUCUACGUGGAGUGCUACAUGUACCGCCGCAUCCAGGAGGCCCUCUGGCUCAACCCCCCUGUGAAUGAGUUUGACGUGUUCUGGGAGGGGAAGAGCCAGAGCUUCCUGGCCUCCACAGCGGCCAUCACGGCCCUCUGCACACACAUGGAGCUCGUCAGGAGACGCCUCGCACACUCCUCCGACUCCCACACACUGGACCAGCUGUUCCAACUACUGCAGGUGUCACUGUGGGGUAAUAAGUGUGACCUGUCCAUCUCGGCGGGGCAAGAGAACUCUCAGAAGGGCAGCCCCCUCGACUCCCUGGACAGCCUGCGGGCAUUCGUGCUGGUGAACCACUCCAAGCAGGUGUGGUCAGUCCUGGCAGCCGCGCGCGGGGACGGGCAGGGUCAGAGGUCGCCGGGGAGGGUGGACAUCGUCCUGGAUAACGCCGGCUUCGAGCUGGUCACUGACCUCGUGCUCGCAGACUUCCUCAUCGCCGCGGGCCUCGCCACGGAGAUCCGAUUCCACGGCAAGUCCUUCCCCUGGUUUGUCUCGGACGUGACGGCGCGGGACUUUGAGUGGACAAUAUUGCAGACCUCUGCGGCCAAUCACAAGUGGAUGUCUGCGUGCGGCGUCCAGUGGAAGCGCUACCUGAAGGAGGGUGUGUGGUCGUACCACGACCACGCGUUCUGGACCCUGCCGCAUGACUUCGGUGACAUGGCGUCCAGCGCGCCCGAUCUCUACGCUAGUCUUCGCUCCGCGCGCCUGCUGCUCUUUAAGGGCGACCUGAACUACCGCAAGCUGGUGGGCGACCGCGACUGGCCACACACCACGCCCUUCCACCUGGCCCUGCGAGGGUUCCAUCCCGCCCCACUCUGCUCCCUACGCACGCUCAAAGCCAACGUGCAGGUGGGAUUGGAGGCGGGUCAGGGGGAGGAGCUAAGCACAGCCACACCCACCUGGAUGACAAGUGGCAGCUACGGCGUCAUCCAGUUCUGCAGUUCCGACCGCGAGCAGUGACUUCACACACACACACACACACACACAUUACAUACACAUACUCACACACACACACACACAUUACAUACACAUUAGUCACAUUAGUGUGAGUGAGUGUGUGUAUGUGUAUAUCUGUGAGUGUGAGUGAGUAUGUAUGAGUGUUUGUGUGUGAGUGUGUUUGCUGCCAUGUGACUUUCAUGUUCUGAAAUUGUAAUUAUGCCCCCCCCCAUGAUCAUUAUGGGUAUAGUUAUGGGUAUGGGUAUAGUUAUGGGUAUGGGUAUAGUUAUGGGUAUUUAGCAGAUGCUUUUGUAAUGAAUGUACUUUUGUAUAAAUCAAGACACUGUUAUACGCACAGCAAUGGAACAGGUGCAGAGGGUGGCCUAGCCCCCAGGGACUUACAGAGGGACUAAACACACACACUCACACACACACACACACUGGCCACCUAGGGCUGUGAGGAACAGACACACAGACACACACCGGCCUCCAUGUCAUAGCUAACCAGCUAACCCCUACUGGGUUCCUCCGCCCCCCCCUCCCACACACACACACACACACACACACACACAACACACAUAUCACACAUGCACACACUCACACACACACAUAUCACACACACACACACACAUAUCACGCACGCACGCACACACACUGGGUUCUGUGUUAUAGCAAACAGAUGUGCAAUGGCUGAACAUGAACGAUGUGUUAUGGUCUGACGCAGCCAUUUGUGUGUGUGUGUGUGUGAUGUAUGUUGCCAACAUGGAAUAUUCCUCUUGUGCAUGAUGUCCCAUGUGGUGCAUGCUGGAGCUUGUGACCUCUGUGCAAGUUAUUUACACACAUACAUACAUAUAUAUAUAUAUAUAUAUAUAUAUAUAUAUAU